AUGUCCGCCGCCAUUUCCAACGUCCGCUGGUUGAUGCCGAUUGCCGUCGUACUGCUGAUCGGCGUCGUCCAAGCCACUUGCAAUCAUCCUUCGCGCGUUGAUAGGCAAUCGAUCGCCAACCCAAUAAAAGUGUCGAACGAGAGAGAUUCCAGAUGCCACCACCCGACGACACACAAUUGCAAUACUUCUGUGUAUCCAAUUUUGGACUGGAAAUUGUCCGGGUGGUUUUACCACUCGAUGUUCAAAUCGUGCCGACCUCUGUACUCUUUGAAUGGCGAGAACGUUUGCCCUGAAAACCAAGACCUGCCAAAGACCAGAGAAAUGUGCGAAGACUUAUGCGGUGAAUCGUGCAUCUUGAGCAACGGGGCGACGGGCAUUUGCAUGUUCAAUCAAAUGUGCAAGAUCAUAAACAACAAGCCCUCCGCCCACCCGAGACCAUGUGGCAGUUACAACGUAAAUUGCUGUCCAAAGGUAUCCGACAGCAACUUGGUACCAUACAGAGAUCCUUCGGGAAACAUCAACGGCAAUGGCGAAUUCGAAAACCGCAUAAACGCCGCUGACCAAUCGUCCUCCCAAAACGAUACAAUUUACAUCUAUCGUUUUCCAAAUACUCCACUCAUGGAAGGAAAACUCAAAAAUUAG